UUUUAGGUCAUACUUGUUCUGUAUUAUAAUAUGAUUAUAAUUAUUUUUAUGUAUAUUUGAUUCAAUAUAAAGAUUUAUAAGAUAUUUAUAUUUUUUAGAAAUCUAAUAUAAUAUGGCGGAAUCAGUUGAUGACUCUGAAAGAAGACCGAAAAGACAAAAACGAGAAACAUCUUACAAAGCUAAGGCAUUCGAAAAGUUUAAGCAAUUAAAAAGUGGAUUGCGAAAUAAGUAUGAGGUUGAAGAAAUUGAAAAUGUUUAUGAAACAGUUGAGGAAAGAGACUAUGUCAAAACUGUUAUGGAUCGACAAGAUGAUGACUGGAUAGUUGAUGAUGAUGGAAGUGGAUAUGUAGAAGAUGGUAGAGAAAUAUUCGAUGAUGAUUUAGAUUAUGAAUCUAUCUCUCAAGCAACUUCACAUAAAAAAGGGGUUAAAAGGAAGAAAAAAGCUAUUUCGGAUGUAUCAAGUAAAGGAAAUUUACAAUAUAUGCUAUCUAACCUGCCUACAAAAAAGAAGGAGGAAGUUAAAAUUGAUGGAGAUGAUAUGUUGUCAGAAAUUUUAAAUGAAAUUGAUGAAACACCAUCAUGUAGUGUUGUAAAGACACAAGAAUUUAUUCCUAGGAAAAAGUUAACUGAAAAUUAUAUGAAAUCUUUUUCAUUAAACACAAUUAAAAAUAAAUCAACAGCUGUAACAUCCAAAACUAAAACUCUAUUGGAAGCAUCCAAACCCAAAACUUUAUUGGAAACAUCCAAGCCCAAAACUUUAUUGGAAACAUCCAAACCAAAAACUUUAUUGGAAACAUCCAAAAAUAAAGCUUUUAUGGAAACUGAUAUUUCUGACUCAACUGAAGAUAUGAGUAUAGUAAACUCAAAUGAUACAGAUUCAAAAAUUGUUGAAUUAGGAACACAGGAUAUAAUCCAAGAGGAAUCCCAAAAUAAAAUAGAAGAUGAUAUUGCAAUAACUGAUUUUUCACAAGAUGACUUUGAGGAUGACAUAGAUAUAUCUCAAAUAGAACAAAUUGAACUGCAAACAAAUCAAAUUGCAAAGGCUGCAGAAAAAGUAGAAUGCAAUAAGAGUGAAGAAAAUAAUGAGGCCAUUUUUGAUUUUGAAAAUUUUACUGGUGAUAUAAAUGAUUUUAAUGACACUGCUUCUUCUAUGAGUGAUAGUAGUUUAUCUACGGAUAGUAGUUUGUCAGACUUGCCAUUAGUUAUUGCUGAUAAACAGGAGGUUUUUCGUUUCUAUUGGUGGGAUGCAUAUGAAGAUCCAGAAAACCAAAAAGGAUCCGUUUUCUUAUUUGGAAAAACAUAUUGUAGUAAAUUAAAACAAUAUGUUAGUUGUUGUGUAGCGGUAAAAAACAUAUACCGACAAAUUUUUCUUCUACCUCGACCAUACUUGUUGGAUGAUGAGGGUAAUCAAACCAAUACUCAAGUUAAAUAUUUAGAUGUUUACGAAGAAUUUAAAUCUUUAAUUUCUAAUCCGAUGAAAAUGCAUACAUUCAAAUCAAAUUUUGUCCAAAAGAAAUAUGCUUUUGAUCCUUCAGUACCCCGAGAAUCUGAUUAUUUAGAAGUUUUGUAUCCUGCUAGAUAUCCUGAAAUUGAAAUAGAAAAACUUCCAGCAUCACCCAAGACUUUUUGGAAGAUUUUUGGAGUAAAUAACAGUAUUUUAGAGCAAUUUCUGCUAAAGAAAAAAAUUAAGGGUCCCUGCUGGUUAGAUGUUCGUAAUCCUGAACUAAACAAUAACCCACUGAGUUGGUGCAAGUUUGAAGUAAAUUGUGUAGUAAAAAAUAUUGUUAAAGUCGAUGAACAGUUAGAAAGACCGCCAUUAGUUGUGUCCGCUUUAAACUUUCGUCAUUAUCGAAAUCCUAGAACGCACCAGAAUGAGAUUUUGAUGAUAUCUUGUAUUACUCAAACUAAAUAUUCUGUGGAUAAGCAACAACCUAAGCCACCUUUUAAUGAACAUUUUUGUGUUUUUACAUCUCCAGCCAAACAGCCCCUUCCAAUGAACAUUUACGAGUGCCUAAAAACUUAUAAAGGAACCAAAGUACAAAAAAUGGACUCCGAAAAAGCGUUACUCAACUAUUUUGUUACUCAGUUCCUUAAAAUCGAUCCUGAUAUGAUCGUAGGCUUUGAUAUGCAGGGCUUCCAUAUAAAUGUUUUGGCCAAUCGUUUGAAGAACUACAAGAUAACGUCUUUUAGUAAAUUAAGUAAACUAAAAAGAUCGGAAAUGGGAUGGUUAGAUAGAAUUUUAUUCACUGGACGGUUGGUUUGCGAUAUAAAAAUUUCAGCUAAAGAAUUAAUUAGACUGAGAACGUACGAUCUGGAUUCUUUGUGUCAGCAUGUUCUCAAAAUGCCAGAAAACCAAAGAAUCGAUUUAGAACCAGAUGAAAUACCGAAGAUGUAUGAACAAGCGAACGAUAUUGUUAAACUGAUAACAUACACAAUGCAAGAUACAGCAUAUAUUUUGAAGAUUUUAUAUGAUCUGAGUAUAGUUCCUUUGGCAUUGCAAAUUACAAAUAUUGCUGGAAAUAUAAUGUCAAAGACUUUGUUGGGUGGAAGAUCAGAGAGGAACGAAUUUUUGUUAUUGCACGCUUUUGUAGAAAAAGGAUACAUUGUUCCAGAUAAAGAUAAUCCUUUUAAGAAUGAAACAGAUACCGAACAGAUACCGAAGUCAUCAAGGAAAAAGCCCACUUAUUCAGGUGGUCUUGUUUUGGAUCCAAAAGUGGGUUUUUACGACAGCCUUGUAUUGCUAAUGGAUUUCAAUUCAUUAUACCCCAGUAUUAUACAGGAAUAUAAUAUUUGUUUUACAACACUGCCUGUAUCUAAAAAGGAUGAAAAUUUGGUCAUUCCGGACAGGAAUUUACCUCCUGGAGUUCUACCUAUAGAAAUCAGAAAAUUGGUGGAGAGCAGGAGACAAGUGAAGAAUCUAAUGAAGCCACGUGACUUAUCGCCUGACUUAAGAAUGCAGUAUCACAUACGACAGAUGGCGUUAAAAUUGACAGCCAACAGUAUGUAUGGAUGUUUGGGAUUUGCCAAUUCUCGUUUUUAUGCCAAAAAUUUAGCAGCUUUGGUCACGGAAAAAGGACGAGAAAUCCUCACCAACACCAAAGAUUUAGUCGAAAUGUCCUUUGAAGUAGUCUAUGGCGACACAGACAGUAUCAUGAUAAAUACUAACGUCUUGGACUACGAUCAAGUGUUCAAAAUAGGCAUCAAAAUCAAACAGGAAGUGAACAAACUCUACAAACAAGUAGAACUCGAUAUUGACGGCGUGUUCCGAUAUCUGCUUCUUUUGAAGAAAAAGAAAUACGCUGCUGUAACACUAACCAAGACUAAAGAUGGUCAAUUGAAGGCUGAAAAAGAAUACAAAAGGGUUGAUAUUGUACGAAGAGAUUGGUCAAGAUUGGCUUCAGAAGCUGGAAAAUUCGUUUUGGAGCAUAUUCUUAGCGAACAAACACAAGAUGACCGUAUAACGAAUAUUCAUAAUUAUUUAACUAAGUUGAAGGAAGAAUUACUUGAAAAUAAAGUGCCAUUACAGUUGUUAGUUAUUACAAAACAACUUACGAAAGAUCCAAAAAUGUAUCCAAAUAAAGAUUCGCUUCCGCAUGUUCAAGUUGCAUUGAGGUAUAAUAAGGAACAUGGCGGUCACUACAGAGCAGGCGACACCGUAAGCUACGUUAUAUGCGACGACGGAUCAACUAAAUCAGCCACGCAAAGAGCAUAUCAUCCGGAGGAAUUAAAAAACAUCGAAAACCUGAAAAUCGACACAAACUAUUACUUAUGCCAGCAACUAAAAUAUCUAGGGGACAUCUGUAAUGGGGGAAACGAUGAUUCUGAUCCCAACCUAACCUAA